AACGAAAUGAAAUGAGCAAUAUCUUAAAGCGCCGUCUAACAAAGAUCAAGAAAAUUCUUGUUGAAAAUUACAGUUGAAGAAGUUGAGCUAAACAGGCUGCAGCCAUGUCUUACAUGCUUCAACAUCUCCACAAUGGUUGGCAAGUGGACCAGUCCAUUCUAUCAGAGGAGGAUCGCGUUGUCAUUGUUCGCUUCGGACACGACUGGGACCCCACUUGCAUGGUCAUGGAUGAAACUCUGUACAGAUGUGCGGAAAAGAUGAAAAACUUUGCAGUCAUUUACCUUGUUGACAUUUCUGAAGUGCCAGACUUCAAUAAAAUGUAUGAGUUGUAUGACCCAUGCACAUGCAUGUUCUUCUACAGAAAUAAGCACAUAAUGAUUGACUUGGGAACUGGCAAUAACAACAAGAUCAACUGGGCAAUGGAGGAUGUGCAAGAAUUUGUUGACAUUAUUGAGACUGUGUUCCGGGGAGCAAGAAAAGGACGUGGUCUGGUCAUCUCGCCAAAGGACUAUUCCACAAAAUACAGAUACUGAUUUUCUCUUUUGCUCUCUGAUAUAAGAAGCAUAAACAUUAUCUUUGUCAUUUUAAAACAAUUUACAAUUAACUUUCUUGAGUCAUCAUUUUUACUCAUAAUAUGUCUGUUUGCACUGGGGAAUAUGUUAAAUAGGAAAAUGAUGCAAGUCAAAAUGAGAGUUAUGUUUAGUUGUUUGUCAAUAUUCUUGUAGUGCAGUUUUGAGAGAAAAACCGAAUGAGUAAAUCUGUAAAAUGACUGGUACAUGUAGGAUAUAUGUGUGACCUAUUGAAGCCUGUGUUGUGUGUGAUAAAGCCUGAGGUUAAGACAAAUAAAGGUCUUAAUUGUAAAUUUCUGUUUUUCUAGAAAACUUUACUUGCUGUUUAACUCGUAUUUGCUUAAAAAUAUAUCUCAUUAAAAGUCAAAAGUAAAAGUCAAAUGUAAGAUACAAAGUUGAUAACUUUAUAAGAAUGCACCUCAGAGUGUAAAGGUAAAUUUAUAAAUUUUCGAAUUAAGACCCAUUUAACUGACAUGCAUGGUAUUUAAAAAUCUUAUUGUAUAGGUUAUACAUGUAUUGAUGUACAUUGUAGUGAUACAAUUAGCGGUAUUAAGUUACUUAGUAUAUAUUAUAGUGGUUAUAAGAUGUUAUGAUUCAUAAGGCAUACUUGUAGCUGUUAAUGAAUAAGUAAUAGUUACGAAAAAAUAGCCUUUAAAUAAACAUUCUGCCAGACAAUAUCAGCUAAAAUAUAGGAACACUUUGUCUGCUAGUUAAAAAAUAUUUGUUAAGUGCAGAACAUCACCUGAAAGCAGCUCUCUAAACAAUCUGGCAGAAUGUUUCUUUUCAAAUUUAAAUGGAAAAAUGUGUGUGACUUUUUUGAAACUGUGUACAUACAAAUGUAUGUUCUUGUGGAAUAAAAUCAAAUAUUGUG